GUUCUCUCCCUAGUGGGGGACUGGAAAUCAGCACCAUGAAGUGUCUAAUCUUGGCCCUGAUUUGUCUGCAGCUCUCAGAGGGCGUAGUGGUCAGACAAAUUCUGCAUAAGGGCAAGUCCAUCCGUGAGCGUAUGGAAGAGAAUGGUGUGCUGGAGGAUUUUCUGAGGUACAACAAGAAAGCUGAUCCAGCUGCUAAGUUCCUCUUCAACAAGGAUGCUGUCGCUUAUGAACCCAUCACUAACUACUUGGAUUCUUUCUACUUUGGGGAAAUCAGCAUCGGCACCCCCCCUCAGAACUUCCUGGUCCUCUUCGACACAGGCUCCUCCAACCUGUGGGUGCCCUCCACCUACUGCCAGAGCCAGGCAUGCUCCAAUCACAAUAGGUUCAGCCCCAGCCAGUCUUCCACCUUCACCAACGGCGGGCAGACCUACACGCUGUCCUACGGGAGCGGUAGCCUGACAGUUGUGCUGGGCUACGACACCGUGACCGUUCAGAACAUCGUUGUCAGUAACCAGGAGUUUGGCCUGAGUGAGAGUGAGCCCACCAGCCCCUUCUACUAUUCCGACUUUGAUGGGAUUUUGGGAAUGGCUUACCCAGCAAUGGCUGUAGGCAAUUCUCCCACAGUGAUGCAGGGGAUGUUGCAGCAGGGGCAGCUCUCGGAGCCCAUUUUCAGCUUCUACUUCUCCCGUCAACCAACUCAUCAGUAUGGAGGGGAGCUGAUCCUGGGAGGUGUGGACCCUCAGCUCUACUCUGGCCAGAUCACCUGGACCCCCGUGACCCAGGAAGUUUACUGGCAGAUCGGCAUUGAGGAGUUUGCCAUUGGUAACCAGGCCACUGGCUGGUGUUCCCAGGGCUGCCAAGCCAUUGUGGAUACCGGAACCUUCCUUCUGGCUGUUCCUCAGCAGUACAUGAGUGCCUUCCUGCAAGCAACAGGAGCCCAGCAGGCUCAGAAUGGUGAUUUUAUGGUCAACUGCAACUACAUCCAGGAUAUGCCCACCAUCACUUUUGUCAUCAAUGGGUCCCAGUUCCCUCUGCCUCCCUCUGCUUAUGUCUUCAAUAACAAUGGUUACUGCCGGCUUGGGAUUGAGGCCACUUAUCUGCCCUCCCCCAAUGGGCAGCCUCUGUGGAUUCUGGGUGAUGUCUUCCUCAAGGAAUACUACUCCGUCUAUGACAUGGCCAACAACAGGGUUGGCUUUGCCUAUUCUGCCUAGACUCUCUCUUCCUGACUCCUCUCAGGGUGCUUAUGGAGAACACUUAAAGUUUAUGUAGACAUGUCAAGUUCCUCUCAAUGAUUUUGAAUGUAAUGUUCUCUUACCUUCUAAAAUAAAAUUUAAAACUUUCAA